AUGCAGGUUUCAUUUGAAGUCUACCGCGGGUCGCCCGAUGGCCACAUUGUAUCGGACACCACCACUCGAACACUAGGACCCACUGAGGUCUACAUUGAAAUCACGCACUCGGGCAUUUGUGCGUCGGAUAAGUUCUUUUGGAAUACAUCCCAGGUUCUCGGCCAUGAGGGUGUUGGAAUUAUCAGACUCCUGGGUUCGAAUGUGACCACAGUCAAGGUUGGCGAUCGUGUCGGGUUUGGAUAUGUGCGCAAAGUCUGCGGCGCCUGUGACAAUUGUGGAACUGGCUGGGAUCAGUAUUGCCGGAAUAUUAGGUUGUACGGUGACUGUGACUUUGACGUCGGCAGCUUCAGCCAUGGCACCGUCUGGGAUGUCAGUUGUGUCUUUCCGAUCCCUGAUGGUUACUUUUCUGAAGAUGCUGCGCCUCUCAUAUGCGCUGGGGCCACAGUGUGGAACUGCUUGAGUCAUUUUGGAGCUCGGCCAACAGAUCGAGUUGGCAUCAUUGGCAUUGGGGGCCUGGGUCAUUUGGCUAUCAAGAUUGCUGCCGAGAUGGGAUGUCAGGUCGUCGUUCUGUCUCGAUCCGACGAAAAAAAAGCGGACGCGCUGCAAUAUGGCGCAGACGAGUUUCAUCUUCUAGAUCAGAUUGAUCGCUCCUCUUUUCAGCGGUUAAAUCAUUUGUUGCUUUGUGGAAGUCACAUGGGCGACCUGGCAUCACUGAUAACCCUCAUGGAUACCAAAGGGACUAUUUAUCCUUUGACUGUUUCUUUGACAGACACACCCGUCCCAUUACUCCCCAUAGACCACGGUGGGGUCCGAAUUCAAGGAAGUUUCCUCGCCUCCCGACAUGAUCUUCGAGAACUGAUCGAAUUCUGCAAUCGUAAAAAGAUCAAGCCCACAAUUGUGAAGUUUCCUAUGACACCAGCUGGGAUUGAAGAGGCAAUGCAGAAAUUGAGAAAGGGGGAAAUAAGGUAUCGGGCAGUACUGGUUCAUGAGCCAACUCAGGUAGCAAAUCAGGUAGUAACUCCGGUAGGAUACAGCGAUUGA